UAAACUCAUGUCUUUCUUCUUCAUAGAUUUAGGUCCCAUGAACAGAUCAGCAUCACAUACUGUGACCGAGUUUGUUCUCCUGGGAUUUCCUGGUUGCUGGAAGAUACAAAUUUUCCUCUUUUCGUUGUUUUUGAUGAUAUAUAUCUUGACUUUGCUGGGAAAUGGCGCCAUCAUCUGUGCAGUUAGAUGUGACCCACGGCUACACACCUCGAUGUACUUUCUGCUGGGAAAUUUUGCCUUCCUUGAGAUCUGGUAUGUUUCUUCCACUGUUCCUAACAUGCUAGCCAACAUUCUCUCCAAGACCAAGGCCAUCUCAUUUUCUGGGUGCUUCCUCCAGUUCUAUUUCUUCUUUUCACUGGGCACCACUGAAUGUCUCUUCCUGGCAGUCAUGGCUUAUGACCGAUACUUGGCCAUCUGCCGUCCACUGCACUACCCUACCAUCAUGACUGGAAGGCUCUGUAGCACACUGGUAUCUUUAUGUUGGCUCAUUGGAUUUCUUGGAUAUCCAGUCCCCAUUUUCUUCAUCUCCCAACUCCCUUUCUGUGGCUCUAAUAUCAUUGAUCACUUCCUGUGUGACAUGGACCCAUUGAUGGCUUUGUCCUGUGCCCCAGCUACCAUUACUGAAACUAUUUUUUAUGCUCAGAGUUCCCUUGUCCUCUUUCUUACUAUUAUGUACAUUUUUCGAUCCUAUACUCUGUUGCUCAGAGCUGUUUUUCAGGUCCCUUCUGCAGCUGGCCGACGAAAAGCCUUCUCUACUUGUGGUUCUCAUUUAGUUGUGGUGUCUCUUUUCUAUGGGACAGUCAUGGUAAUGUAUGUGAGCCCCACAUAUGGCAUCCCAACUUUGAUGCAGAAGAUUGUCACAUUAGUAUAUUCAGUAAUGACUCCCCUUUUUAAUCCUUUGAUCUAUAGUCUUCGUAAUAAGGACAUGAAACUUGCCCUAAGAAAUGUCUUGUUUGGAAUGAGAAUUGGUAAAAACUUAUGAGUCAAGAAUGCAUAACCCAAGUUAUAAUGAAGAGCGAGGUGG